GACAAAACAGCUGCUUUAGCUGCCAGAAUCUCGAUAGUUGCUGCCUGAUUUCCUCCAGCCUUCUGCUUUCCUUUAAUUUCCCGCUCUGAGCUCAAUCAUACCGAUACGCAAUUCAUCCAUGGAAGCAAGCAGAAAGAUGCAUGACCAGGAACAGAAGGCUGCCGGAACUUGGCCAUUGUCGAAUCUCGUUCUGUACUCUUUUUGGCAGAGCUCCUGCUCAUGGCGAGUUCGCUUUGCACUGAAGCUCAAAGGUCUUCCGUAUGAGUACAGAGCAGUGGAUCUGGUGAAAGGGGAGCAAUUCAGCCCAGAAUUUCAGCGGUUGAAUCCUCUUGGUUAUGUUCCGGUUCUGGUGGAUGGUGGCGUGGUUGUCUCCGACUCGUUUGCAAUAUUGAUGUAUUUGGAAGAUAAGUAUCCACAGAACACCUUGUUGCCAGAGGAUCCUCAACUGAGGGCUCUGAAUCUCCAGGCUGCAGGUGUUGUCACCUCAAGCAUACAGCCUCUUCAUAUGCAAUCACUACUGAAGUACAUAGAAGACAAAUUUGGUCCAGAAGAACGGUUGUUGUGGGCUAAGACUCAUAUAGAAAAGGGUUUACUUGCUCUUGAGAAGUUACUGAAAGGCUUUGCUGGUCAAUAUGCAACUGGAAAUUCACUUUACCUGGCAGAUGUGUUUUUAGCACCCCAGAUUGCUGUAGCGGUAUCCCGAUUCAAAAUUGACAUUACUCAGUACCCAACGUUGAGCAGAAUACAUGAAUCGUACAAAACGGUGCCAGCAUUUUUAGCUUCAAUCCCAGAAGCACAAGCGGAUGCAUCGCAUUGAGUUUCUUUCCUGUUUCAUUUGGCUAUGCAUAGGAAUGGAAUAUUAACUGUUGAAGUGUAGACGAUGUGACCGGGAUCUGUUAAAAUUUCUAACCUCAGUACCCGGUCUAGCUCAGUCAGUAGAAAGCAAGGCUCUUAACCUUGUGUAGUUGUGUUUGUGGGUUGGAGGCAGACGAUGGCCGAUUUUUUUUCCUCGAAACUCAAUUACUGUUUAUUUUGCUGAAGGCUUCCAUGGUCAGAUCAGUACCUGUUUCAAGUGGAAAAACGGUUUGUUGGUUCGCUCCUGACUUCUUAUGAAGAUGACGAUUGUUACUACGGUCCACAUCUCUUCAAAUACUGUUCGAACGAGGGUGUUUAGUGUAUGGGGAAUCUACGUUACUUUACACUACUCCUAUGGAGAUUCUUUGAGAGCUCCGCGACUACAACUAAGACUACUACUAUGGAGGAUCCUUCAUGGAAGAGAGCUCCACAAACUACACAGAAAAGAAAAAAAAAAGGACAGUUGAGACAAGUUGUCUUUUUGUUGAGUCGUGAUUGUCUGCCUUACUCCAGGAUCUUGUUUUAAGUUUUGUUGCCAGGAUUUGUCCAA